GUGACCAAUCAAAUCGCGUAUUUAUUAUUUAUACAUCCAUCGAAUACCAAGAAAUAUACCAUUUUAAGAAAAUGAUAAAAAUAAACUAAUUCAUUUUUGUCUAUUUUCCAAUAAACAACUAAUUUAAUUAAAUUUAAAACAUGUUACGAACAACUUAUGCAACAAAUUUAAAAUCAUUCGGUUUCUUUCAUUUUCAUACAGUAUGUGUACGAUGUACCGAAAAAAUUCAUAAAACGUUCUCUGAAAAACUUGAAGAUGGCCCGCAAUUUGAGGAUUUCAUCAGCAAUAAUUAUACAGAGUAUAAAGGAAAAUUAAAAUUAGAGAAAGGAGAGAGCAGAUUAAAAUUACCUCCAUGGCUUAAAACUGAAAUACCUAUGGGUAAAAAUUACAGUAAAAUAAAAUCUCAAUUAAGACAACUACGUUUAAGUACAGUCUGCGAAGAAGCUCGUUGCCCUAAUAUUGGAGAAUGUUGGGGUGGAGGAAGCCAUGGUACUGCAACUGCUACUAUUAUGUUAAUGGGAGAUACUUGUACUCGUGGCUGUCGAUUUUGUUCUGUCAAAACAUCUCGUACGCCACCACCAUUAAAUCCUGAAGAACCAGUUAAUACAGCAACUGCAAUAACAGAUUGGGGUUUAGAUUAUGUUGUUCUUACAUCUGUUGAUAGAGAUGACUUAAGCGAUGGUGGAGCAGAACAUAUAGCAAUGACGGUAAAAGAAAUUAAAAGAAGAAGUGAUAUUUUCGUUGAAUGUUUAGUACCAGAUUUUAAAGGAAACAGAAGUAGUAUCGCAACUAUUGUUGCUUCCAAUCUUGAUGUAUUUGCUCAUAAUAUUGAAACUGUGGAGAGAUUAACACCAUUUGUGAGAGAUAGGCGAGCUAAUUAUAAUCAGUCCUUGGAUGUCUUAAGAAUAGCUAAAGAAUGUAAUGAAAAUUUAAUUACAAAAUCAUCAAUCAUGCUUGGAUUGGGUGAAACUGACAAUGAAGUAGAACAAACGAUGAGAGAUUUAAGAAAUGCUGGAGUAGAUGCUUUAACAUUAGGGCAGUACAUGCAGCCCACAAAAAGACAUUUAAAAGUAAUAGAAUACGUUACACCCAGCAAAUUUAAAUUAUGGGAAAAUAUGGGAAAACAAUUAGGAUUUCUUUAUACUGCAAGUGGUCCAUUAGUACGAUCUUCAUACAAAGCUGGCGAAUUCUUUUUAACAAAUAUUUUAAAAGAUCGUCAUCAUCAAGAAGCCAAAACACCCUCUGAACUAUAAAUAAUAUUAAUUAAUACACCAAUGUAAUAUAUAGUAGAAAUAAAUGUAUACUGUUACAUAUAAAAAUUAUACAAAUUUGUAAUUAAAGAUGUUUGUAAUAUAACCAAUCAUCUAGAGGUUUUAUAUGUGCAAAUGAUAAAUGAUAAGUAUUUUACUCUUAUGUUCAAUAUUUAAACUUGAAAAUAAAGUGACCAUAUUUUUUAUACAAGUAUUAUAAUAUUUUUAUUAUAUUUUAAAUUAAUCUGUUUCCAUAGCAACGGCAGCUUGUGGAUCGCGUGGAUCCUUAUCAGCGGGUGGAUCCUGAGAUGGUUUACUGUCGUCUUCAACAUUCGAUUUAGCCGGUCUUCCUCUUUUAUCAUCUCCUUCAAUUUGGCUUAAAUAAUCAGACGUUGCUGACUCAUCUAGGAUUAUAAAAUCAACGCCUUUACCCACGAUCGCUAUAGAAACAUUCUGAAAUAACAAAAUAUUUAUAUAUAUAUAUAUAACCAAUAUUUAUUAAAAUAUCUGUGCGUUAUUAAUA